AUGGAAGAGAAGAGGCGAAAAUACUCCAUCAGCAGCGACAACUCUGACACCACUGACAGUCACGCUACAUCUGCAUCAAGAUGCUCCAAACUGCCCAGCAGCACCAAGUCGGGCUGGCCCCGGCAGAACGAAAAGAAGCCCUCCGAGGUGUUCCGGACAGACUUGAUCACAGCCAUGAAGAUUCCAGAUUCCUGCCAGCUCAGCCCGGAUGACUACUACAUCCUGGCCGACCCAUGGCGACAAGAAUGGGAGAAGGGCGUGCAGGUGCCGGCUGGAGCAGAGGCCAUUCCAGAGCCUGUGGUGAGGAUUCUCCCGCCGCUGGAAGGCCCCCCUACCCAGGUGUCCCCUAGCAGCUCUGAACUUGGUGAGGGCUCCCAGCCUGAUUGGCCUGGGGGCAGCCGCUAUGACCUGGACGAGAUUGAUGCCUAUUGGCUGGAGCUUAUCAACUCCGAGCUCAAGGAGAUGGAGAGGCCAGAGCUGGAUGAGCUGACGCUAGAGCGUGUGCUGGAGGAGUUGGAAACCCAGUGCCACCAGAAUAUGGCACGGGCCAUUGAGACACAGGAGGGGUUGGGCAUUGAGUAUGAUGAGGACGUCGUCUGUGAUGUGUGCCGUUCUCCCGAGGGCGAAGAUGGCAACGAGAUGGUCUUCUGUGACAAAUGCAAUGUCUGUGUGCACCAGGCAUGCUACGGGAUCCUCAAGGUGCCCACGGGCAGCUGGCUGUGCCGGACAUGUGCCCUGGGUGUCCAGCCAAAGUGCCUGCUCUGCCCCAAGCGAGGAGGAGCCUUGAAGCCCACCAGGAGCGGGACCAAGUGGGUGCACGUCAGCUGCGCUCUGUGGAUUCCUGAGGUCAGCAUCGGGUGCCCUGAGAAGAUGGAGCCCAUCACCAAGAUCUCACAUAUCCCAGCCAGUCGCUGGGCUCUGUCGUGCAGCCUUUGCAAGGAGUGCACAGGCACCUGCAUCCAGUGCUCCAUGCCUUCCUGUGUCACAGCAUUUCACGUCACAUGCGCCUUUGACCAUGGCCUGGAAAUGCGGACUAUAUUAGCGGACAAUGACGAGGUCAAGUUCAAGUCAUUCUGCCAGGAGCACAGUGACGGGGGCCCUCGGGGUGAGCCCACUUCUGAUCCCGUGGAGCCCAGCUCAGCUGGUGAGGACCUGGAGAAGGUGACCCUACGCAAACAGCGGCUGCAGCAGCUAGAGGAAGACUUCUACGAGCUGGUGGAGCCCGCUGAGGUGGCUGAGCGGCUGGAGCUAGCUGAGGCGCUGGUUGACUUUAUCUACCAGUACUGGAAACUGAAGAGGAAAGCCAACGCCAAUCAGCCACUGCUGAGCCCCAAGACUGACGAGGUGGACAACCUGGCCCAGCAGGAGCAGGACGUCCUAUACCGCCGCCUGAAGCUCUUCACACACCUGCGGCAGGACUUGGAGAGGGUUAGAAAUCUGUGCUACAUGGUAACAAGGCGUGAGAGAACAAAACACGCCAUCUGCAAACUCCAGGAACAGAUAUUCCACCUGCAGAUGAAACUGAUUGAACAGGACCUGUGUCGAGAGGGGUCUGGGAAGAGAGCAAAGGGCAAGAAGAGCGACUCGAAAAGGAAAGGCCGUGAGGGCCCGAAGGGCAGCCCCGAGAAGAAAGAGAAAGUGAAGGCGGGGCCCGACUCAGUCCUGGGGCAGCUGGGCCUAUCCACCUCAUUCCCCAUCGAUGGCACCUUCUUCAACAGCUGGCUGGCGCAGUCAGUGCAGAUCACAGCAGAGAACAUGGCCAUGAGCGAGUGGUCACUAAACAAUGGGCACCGUGAAGACCCCGCCCCGGGGCUACUGUCAGAGGAGCUGCUGCAAGACGAGGAGACACUGCUGAGCUUCAUGCGGGACCCCUCACUGCGACCUGGGGACCCUGCCAGGAAGGCCCGUGGCCGCACCCGCCUGCCUGCCAAGAAGAAGCCGCCGCAGGACGGGCCUGGCUCACGGACGACUCCGGACAAAUCCCCCAAGAAGCCCUGGGGCCAGGAUGCAGCCAGCGGCAAGGGUGGUCAGGGCCUAGUGGCCCGGAAACCAACGCGCCGAACGCCUUCCCACCUGCCGUCUAGUCCCACAGCUGGGGACUGUCCCAUCCCAGCGGCCCCUGACAGCCCCCCUCCUCUGGCCCCCGAGACCCUGGACGAGGCAGCCCCAAUGGCUGCCGACUCGAAUGUCCAAGUGCCUGGCCCUACAGUGAGCCCCAAGCCCUUGGGCCGGCUCCGGCUGCCCCGAGAAAACAAGGGAACCCGGAGAUCGCCAGGUACCAGGCCUGAUGCUGGGACAGGACCGCCCUCUGCUGUGGCCGAGAGGCCCAAGGUCAGCCUACACUUUGACACUGAGACUGACGGCUACUUCUCUGAUGGAGAGAUGAGCGACUCAGAUGUGGAAGCUGAGGACAGUGGGGUGCAGCGGGCUCCCCGGGAAGCAGGGGCUGAGGAGGUGGUCCGCAUGGGGGUACUGGCCUCCUAA